GAAUUUCCCUUUUUCAAUCAGCUUCUUUUUUCCUUCCCAAUUUUGGCCACGGGGGACAUAUAUGCCCAUUUCCCCGUAUCACACAACUCACGAACCAAUCUAUCGAUUCCCCUAGACUUUAACUCCCCACCCCUAAAAACACCCAAACCCCCAAAACAACCAUGGCAGAAUAAAAAUUGGGUCAUCUUCCUUUUUAAAACUCUUUGUAUGGAAAUGGGAGGAAAUUGACUUCGGGGACCAAUUGAUGUUCAUAUGCAUCGCACAUUAUAUCGCUAUAGAGAUAUCGGUUUGAAUCAUGGAAGUGGUCCCUUGUUCUGGCUUUCAGUAUGUUACGGACUCUGAUUGCGCUCAACUGAGUUCAGGAACAACUUUUGAGGGAGAAUCUAGUUUCUUGGAUAGGAAACAAAUUCAAGAAUCGGAUGAUAGGAUGGAUGACUUAUUGCCAAAUGUGGACAAGAAUUCAGCUGGAAGACAGGAUGCAGACCAAGGCACAAGGGAUGAUUUGCCAAUUUCUGAAGAACGCCAUAGUGGAUCUUCAGAUAAUGAUUGUCACACAGAGCGCCAAAGAUUAUCUUGUGGAUCACAUGAUUAUGAAGAUGAUUCGAAUGCGCAGAAUUGUUGCACUGGACCUGAUUUGGCCUCUGAAAACUCUCAUUUAAUUGUUGACCCCAUCGAAAGUGAAUCGCCAAGCAAUAACAGGGAGGUAGAGUUGUCUCUUUCAGAGUCCAAGUGGUUAGAGCGUGAUGAAUCUGUGGCAUUGUGGGUCAAGUGGAGAGGAAAAUGGCAGGCUGGCAUCAAAUGUGCAAGGGCAGACUGGCCAUUAUCGACUUUAAAAGCAAAACCAACUCAUGAUCGGAAGCAGUAUUUUGUGAUAUAUUUUCCUCACACCAGGAAUUAUUCCUGGGCAGACAUGCUACUUGUUCGAUCCAUUAACGAAUUCCCUGAGCCUAUUGCAUAUAGGAAUCAUAAAGUUGGACUAAAAAUGGUUAGAGAUUUGUCUGUUGCAAGACGGUACAUAAUGCAAAAGCUAGCUGUUGGGUUGCUCAAUAUAAUUGAUCAGUUUCAUUGCGAGGCUUUGAUAGAGACAGCACGUAAUGUGAUUGUCUGGAAGGAAUUCGCCAUGGAGGCCUCACGCUGCAUUGGUUAUUCUGAUCUUGGAAAUAUGCUUUUGAAACUUCAUCAUAUGAUAUUGCAGCACUACAUAAAUGCUAACUGGCUUCAGGAGUCUUAUCACUCAUGGGUACAGCAAUGUCAGAAUGCACAUAGUGCUGAAUCCAUUGAAUUGCUGAAGGAGGAAUUGUUUGAUUCUAUACUAUGGAAUGAUGUUAGGUCUCUUGGGGAUGCACCAGUGCAAUCCACACUUGGUUUUGAAUGGAAAACAUGGAAGCAUGAAGUUAUGAAAUGGUUCUCAACAUCUCACCCUGUAUAUACUGCUGGGGCUAUUGAUCAUCAGAACAAUGAUGACCCCUCAAUCAAAAAUCUUCGAGUUAGCAGGAAGAGGCCCAAGCUUGAAAUCCGCCGUGCAGAGACACAUGCCUCCCAAAUGCAAAGCAAUGGUUCCGAUAAAACUAUGACGGUUGAAAUUGAUUCUGGUUUUUUCAGUAUCAAGGAUGCUGUAGAUGUCAAUAUACCAACACCCGGAGUUUGUAAAAAGGAAGAAGAGAGGAAGCAAACCACACCAAUGGAUGCAUCAAAUAAUCUUACAGACAGUUGGGACAAUAUUGUGGUUGAGGCAAGGCAUUCUGAGCCCAUCCACACCUACAGUAUUGAAAAAACACAAGCAAGUGUUGAGGUCAAUAGCUCCUCAGCUCUGCAUAUUCAGCCAAAAGAGUUGGCAUUAUUGCCCCUGAAUGAAGCAGUUGCUAAGAAAUCCAUAGAUACUGGGAGUAAAAACCGGCAGUGCAUAGCAUUUAUAGAGUCAAAGGGAAGGCAGUGUGUGAGGUGGGCAAAUGAAGGGGAUGUUUAUUGUUGUGUGCAUUUGGCCUCUCGUUUUGCAAGUAGCUCGGGAAAAGCAGAAAUGACUCCGCCUGUUGAUACACCAAUGUGUGAAGGUACCACUGUGCUUGGCACUAGAUGCAAGCAUAGGUCACUCUAUGGCUCUUCAUUCUGCAAGAAACACAGACCCAAAAGUAAUGCAAAUAAUUUCCCACAUUCUCCAGAGAACACACUAAAAAGGAAGCAUGGGGAGAUCAUUCCCAGUUCCGAGGCCACAUAUUGUAGAGAUAUUAUUUUGAUGGGAGAAAGCAAAAGUCCCCUGCAAGUGGAGCCAGUGUCAGUAAUUGGGAGUGAUGCAUUCCAGGGAAGAUUCAGUUUAAUUGAGAAGCCUGAACAUUCAUAUAAAGGCCAUGAUAGCACUAAAUUACUGCAUUGCAUAGGCUUAUUUUCCAAUGGUGGUUUUGAUCCCUGUCAUGAAAGUCCUAAACGGCAUUCGUUAUACUGUGAUAAGCACCUUCCCAGUUGGCUCAAGCGUGCUCGGAAUGGUAAGAGCAGGAUAGUAUCUAAAGAAGUGUUUCUAGAUCUUUUGAAGGACUGUAAUUCACUAGAGCAAAAAAUGCAUUUACAUCAAGCAUGUGAACUUUUCUACAAGCUCUUUAAAAGUAUUUUAUCUCUAAGAAACCCAGUUCCUGUGGAAGUCCAACUUGAAUGGGCCCUUUCUGAAGCUUCAAAGAAUUUUAGAGUUGGAGAAAUUUUGAUGAAAUUGGUUUACAAUGAAAAGGAGCGACUUCAAAUGUUAUGGGGCUUCACUGUCAAUGAAGGUGCACCUUUGCCCUCCGUUGUGGAAGAACCAGUUUCCUUGCCAUUGGCCGUUAAUGAUAGCUUUGAUGAUGACGGGGUUAUUAAGUGUAAAAUUUGUUCGGUGGAAUUUUUUGAUGACCAGCAGCUCAGCGCGCACUGGAUGGAGAAUCACAAAAAGGAAGCACAAUGGUUCUUUAGAGGUUAUGCUUGUGCAAUCUGUCUGGAUUCAUUUACUAACAAAAAGGUUUUAGAAUCCCAUGUUCAGGAGAGACACCAUGUGCAAUUUGUUGAACAGUGCAUGCUUCUCCGAUGCAUUCCCUGUGGCAGCCAUUUUGGCAAUACUGAUGAUUUAUGGUUGCAUGCGCAAUCAGCUCAUCCUGUUGAUUUUAGACUGUCAAAGAUUGCUCAACAGCAUGAUCAAUCUGCGGGUGAGGAAUCUCCACAGAAACUUGAGCCUGGCAACUCAAUUUCUUUGGAUAAUAAUUCAGAGAAUGUAAGCAGUUUCCAAAAGUUUAUUUGCAGGUUUUGUGGCUUGAAGUUUGAUUUACUGCCUGAUCUUGGUCGCCAUCACCAGGCUGCUCACAUGGGAUCAUGUUUAGCUAGCUCCCGUGCCCCUAAGAAAGGGGUUCGUUAUUAUGCUUAUAAACUAAAAUCUGGGAGACUUAGUCGUCCUAGAUUUAAGAAAGGUUUGGGGGCAGUGUCAUACAGAAUCAGGAACAGGGCAACUGCUACUAUGAAGAAACGCUUGCAGGCUUCAAAGUUGAUUGACACUGACACCAUUAGUGUAGACCCUGAUGUAACAGACACUGCGAGUCUUGGUAGAUUAGCGGAAUUCCAGUGUUCUUCCCUUUCAAAAAUUUUAUUUUCUGAAAUUCAUAAAGCAAAAGAGCGACCUAAUAACUUGGACAUUUUUUCUAUUGCUCGCUCUUCUUGUUGCAAAGAGAGCCUCAAAACAUCAUUGGAGGAGAAGUAUGGAACAUUACCGGAACGUAUGUAUCUUAAGGCAGCCAGGCUUUGUAGUGAGCAUAACAUUCAAGUCGAGUGGCACAAAGAUGAUUUUGCAUGUUUAAAUGGAUGUAAAGCUGUGAAGGACCCAGAUUUUCUGUCCCCAUUGAUGCCUCUUCCUAAUGGUUUUGAAAGCCACCGAUCAGCAGAUUCUUUGGAUCGUGUCGAUGAGUGGGAACUGGAUGAGUGUCACUGUAUCAUUGAUUCACAACAUUUUAGACAAAUGCCCAUGCAGAAAGCAUGUGUCUUGUGUCAUGAUAUAAGUUUUGGGAAGGAAUCGGUUUCGGUAGCUUGUGUAGUGGAUGAAGGUGUUUCUAAUUCCCUUAACAUCUGUGGUGGUGGCUCCAAUGACCAAAAUGCUGUAUCCUCCAUGCCAUGGGAAAGCUUUACUUAUGUUACAAAAUCUUUGCUCGAUCAAUCCCUUCAACUUGAUGCCGAGAGUUUACAACUUGGGUGCACCUGUCCCAAUUCAACAUGCUGUCCUGAGACAUGUGAUCAUGCAUAUCUCUUUGAUAAUGAUUAUGAAGAUGCAAGAGACAUAUAUGGGAAACCCAUGCGUGGUAGAUUUCCAUAUGAUGACAAAGGUCGAAUUAUCUUGGAGGAGGGCUACCUUGUCUAUGAAUGCAAUCACUUGUGUAGCUGCAAUAAAGCAUGUCCAAAUAGGGUUUUGCAAAACGGAAUACGAGUGAAAUUGGAAGUCUUCAAAACAGAGACUAAGGGCUGGGGAGUCCGGGCUGGUGAACUGAUCUUGAGUGGGACAUUUGUGUGUGAGUAUGUUGGUGAGAUUCUAGAUGAGCAAGAGGCAAAUAAUAGGCGCAUCAGGUACAAUAGAGACGGUUAUAACUACAUGUAUAAUGUUGAUUCUCAUAUCAAUGAUAUGAGCAGAUUGAUUGAAGGACAGAUCCCGUAUGUUAUUGAUGCAACUAUAUACGGAAAUGUUUCUCGGUUCAUCAAUCACAGUUGCUCGCCUAAUCUUGUGAAUCAUCAAGUUCUUGUUGAUAGCAUGGAUUGUCAGCGUGCUCACAUUGGGCUAUAUGCCAGUCAAGAUAUAGCUAUGGGUGAAGAGCUGACUUUUGACUAUCAUUAUGAACUGCUGCCUGGACAAGGACAUCCGUGUCAAUGUGGAGCUUCUGUCUGUCGGGGCCGCCUUUACUAAACUAUCAAUGAGCACUAAGGGCUCUCCAUGCCCAUCUAAAUUUUGCUUUUCUAGUUCACAAAUGAGGAUAAAUG